AUGGCCUCUCUGGAUUACACUACUACCACCCUCUCGAUAGAAGCGAAGCCGUAUGCCUACACAUUCAGACCAUCGUGUACGGCUCUGCUACUCAUCGACAUGCAACAUGACUUUCUCCACCCUGUCGGUUUCGGCGAGUCCUGUGGUGCAGACCUCAAGAUGGUUCAGGCAUGCAUCGAACCAGCUCGGAAGCUCCUUGGGGCAUGUCGAGCCUCCGGUCUUACAAUCUUCCAUACACGCGAAGGCCAUCGGCAAGACAUGUCUGACUGCCCGUCCAGUAAGAUUACCCAACAAGCAGAAGCUUUCGGCAUGGAAAGGAAGCCUCGCAUUGGAGAAAAGGGCCCAAUGAGAAAGACGCCAAUCAAGGGAGAAUACGGCCACGACUUUGUUGAUGAGCUCCAGCCAGUUCCCGGGGAGAUCGUCAUUGACAAGCCUGGUAAGGGUGCAUUCUGGGAUACAGAGCUCAUGCACAAAUUCAAGGCUCAUGGUAUUACGCAUCUGCUCGUCGCCGGUAUAACAACCAAAGGCAGUGUGUCGACAACGUUUCGAGAAGCAAGUGAUCGGGGGUUUCACUGUUGUGUUAUCACCGAGGCUACCGCCGGCUAUGAUUCCUCAUUUACAGCGGCAAGUCUCGAUAUACUUUGUUCGACCAAUGGUGGAUUUGGGUUUGUUGCCCAUCUUCAACCCAUUCUCAGCGAACUAUCCCAUAUUCCUCGUCCUCUCCCUUCGUAUACCGAGACUUCACAGGAGACAUCGCCAGAAUGGGACGGCAAACUCGACAUUGUGAGCCUCCAGACUGCAUACCAAGCGGGCUUUUCUCCCCUUACCGUUGUGGAGGAUAUUUUCACGAGAAUUGAGGCGUACGAGAAUGUCAACCCUGGCAGCUGGAUAUACCGAGUUCCCAAAUCGGUUGUGUUAGAAGCUACCCGUGACCUGCUAAAUCGCUUCCCGGAUCGAUCUAAACGUCCUCCACUGUUUUGCGUCCCAUUCUCGAUAAAGGAUUCCAUCGACGUAGCCGGUAUCCCGACUACAACGGCCUGCCCCCCUCUCUCUCAUAUUCCCAGCGUUAACGCACCUCUCCACAUAGCCCUCAUCGAACAGGGUGGUCUCUUCAUAGGAAAAUCAAACCUCGAUCAAUUAGCAACCGGGCUGACUGGGCAACGUUCGCCGUACGGAGCCCCCUCGUCAGCCAUUAAUUCUAGUUAUGUUCCGGGAGGGUCGUCAUCUGGGUCAUCGGUCUUGGCAUCAACGGUACGAGAUGCGCGGACAGUCUGGCGUAUUCUGGAGACUUUCGAUCCGCGAGACCCUUACACGAAGCCUGAGGAACUGAGGAAAUGUCCUCACGUCGUUCACUCAACCGGGCAGACGGAAACAACUUUCCGCUUCGGUAUCCCGCCCCAUGAUGUCUUAGGUAUCUGUUCUGAACCAUAUCGCCGGCUUUUUGCCGAGACAGUUACCCAACUUCAAAAUAUCGGCGGGAGACUUCAGCACAUUAACUGGAAACCUUUCGACAAAGCGGGGAGACUGCUUUAUGAUGGGACCUUUGUCCUUGAGCGUGUAGCUUCCAUCCCGGAUCUGCCGGGAAGUGGUGGUAUCGACGGGCCAACCUGGUUUGAGAAGCACAAGGCCGAUCUACAUCCAGUGAUAUCAGAGCUAUUUACCGCUGUGAUAAAUCGCAAGGUUACUGCUGUGGAUGUGUUUCGCGACCUUCAGGCCCAAAGGCGAUAUACUGCCCUCGUUCAUAACGAGGUCUUUUCACAAGGCGCCAGCGGAGUGGAUGUCGUUGUUCUUCCCACCGCUCCAACGCAUUGGACAGUCGACGAGGUAAAGGAGGACCCAAUCGUGAAGAACAGCGCACUUGGAGUAUUUACACAUUGCGCUAAUGUUCUGGAUCUAUGUGCGAUUUCUUGUCCUGCUGGUGAGUUUGCCGCGAAGGAGCUUGGCGGCCAGGGGGUCUUGCCCUUCGGGGUCAUGUUUAUGGGACGCCGUGGUGGUGAUUCGGAGGUGUUAGACUUGGCAACGAGAUUUGAAGACUCUUUCAAGGAGGAUGUUGAUGCUAGCCGUGGCUAA